AUGAUUUCAUCGGUGAAAAGUCAGAUUAUUCUGACAUUUUACAUCAUUUCCUUCCUGAUUGGCCUUCCAGCCAAUCUGGUGGCUCUCUGUGCUUUUAGCAUCAAAAUCCACCACAGCCCUCUUCCAACAGACAUCCUGCUUCUGAAUCUGACUGUGUCCGACCUGCUCUUCUUGAUCAUCCUUCCUCUCAAGAUGCACGAGGCAGCAUCAGGGAUGCAGUGGAAUCUGCCCAACUUCUUGUGCUCCAUCACCUCCUUUACCUUUUUCUCCACAAUCCACACCAGAUCCUUGCUGCUAAUGGCAAUCGGCGUGGUCCGGUACAUCGGAGCGGCAUUUCCUGUUAUCUACCAACACCUCAAGAAACCUGUGUACCCGAUCAUCAUCAGUGCUGUUAUUUGGCUGAUCUCAAUGGGACACUGCAGCAUCACUUUCAUCAUCCAGCACCACCCCUCCUUGUCCAGUUCAGACUCUUCUAUGUGCUAUGAGAACUUCACAGAGAAGCAGCUGGAGAUUCUCCUCCCAGUGCGUUUGGAGUUUUUCUUUCUGUUCUGCCUGGUGCCUCUUUUAGUUACUAUUUACUGCUACCUGCGCUUAAUUUUGAUUCUGUACAGCCGUCCCAGAAUAUCCUGGAGGAGGAAGAGGAAGGUUAUUGGCAUGGCUUUAGGGACUCUUGCUGUGUUCCUCAUUUGUGUUGGACCAUACAACUUUUCUUUUUUGCUGGGCUACUUCCAGCAAAAAAGCCCAGUGUGGAGAUACUACACUUUGCUCCUCAGCACGUUGAACACCUGUAUUGAUCCAAUUAUAUUCUAUUUUUCCUCCUCUGUCUUCCACUUCACAAGCGAUAAAUCAAUUUUCAGAAAGCACUGGAGUAAAUGGAGAAAAGGGACAAAUUUAGGGCACUAAUUCAUGAUCAAUGUGUAUUCCAUCCCACAUGAAGCCAUUGAAAUUGGUUGAAAUUGAUGACAGCUUUGUCAUCUUUGACAGGUUAUUUUCUGUU